UCGGCUCGCUGUCUUGGCUGCUGCUACAACAACCCAGCCCACUAGAUAGAUCUUGAGAGCUCUGGCAAGACUUAUUCAGAAGACCUUCCACCCAGUGUCAUUUUCUGUCAUCUUUUCCAGAGUCCAAGGCCCAAGGUCGAUUCUUGCACAAUGGCAGCUGUCUUAAAGUACAUGAGAACGAAGGAAUUUCGAGAUUGGAUAUGCAGCACACAUUUCUGGGGUCCAGUUGCCAACUGGGGUUUGCCUCUUGCCGCCCUCGGUGACCUGAAGAAGGAUCCUGAAAUCAUCAGUGGAAAAAUGACGAUGGCACUUUCAAUCUACUCUCUUCUCUUCAUGAGAUUCGCUUGGAAAGUUAUCCCAAGGAACUUGUUGCUCAUGUCUUGCCAUAUAACCAACGAAGUUGCUCAGCUGACUCAGGGUGCCAGGUUUAUCAAUUAUCACUACGUGAUGUCGGAGGAGGACCGCAAGAAGUACCACGUCAAGUUGGUGGACGAGGAGCUGCACAAGCACCCAGAGGAGUACCCGGAGGUCAAGGCCAUCGCUCACGCUCCCCCGUACUCGGAGCAGGAGAUCAAGGCGGAGGUGGAGGACUUCGACAAGCACUACAAGGUCAAGAAAGACACCAGCAUCAAGACAGCCGUCUGAGUUGUGACACACAAUCUGUGAUCUUGUUGAACUUGUUGUUACCGAAUGCAUGCUCCCCAUUUUGUAAGCGGAUAAUCAUAAAAGAUCACAUCUCGUGGCCCUAUUACUCGGAUGUUCUGUGUAAGGAAAAUUAUUGAGUACCUGCAGAUAUACCCCUAUGGUUUGCACUGAGGAAACUGCAAUUUUUCUUGGCUUUGGUGCUGAAAUUACACCCAUUUUAUUUUUUUUGGAACACAUGGAAAGUCUCAUUAUUGCUACUGCAAGCUUUUUUCUUUUCUUGAGUUCGGGUAUAUAUUGAUGAAAACUUUUUUUUGUGGGGUUUUUUAAAAGACAAGUUUGGCCACACUUGUUGCGAGACCUGUGAUUUGCACUAAUUCUCUUUACUUGUUUUCCCAUCUCGGUUUUUCUCCCCAUUCCCCUGGCUUUGUGUGAUCACACUGAAGCACUCAGUUGUGGGUAAUGGGAGGGAAAUUCUUUUAUUACGUCUGUUAGUAUGCACAUUGUAGAGGUUUUCUUUUUUAGGUUAUAGAAGUGGACAGUAUGCCUUUUGUGCAUAUAUGUGAGGGGAAAAUGAGUUGUGUUUUGAGUUUUACAAAUAGUUUGUAGGGAAAAUCUCUAAUUACCUCUCUCUAUAUAUAUAAUUAUUACAAGUAUGCAAAUUGUAUGGAUUUUUUUUUAAAGAGAUAGAAGUGGACAGUAUGCCUCCUGAGCAUAUGUGUAAGGGAAUGUGAGUUGUGUUUUGAGUUUUAUGAAUAGUUGAUAGUUUUUUUUCCUGUGCCUUGUGAUUGGGUUUUAGCUGUCUGACUGGUACAACAUUCUGUGUUUUCCAAGAUCUGUUUUUGUGUACGAAGAGACAGUUACAUCAGAGGCUCAGUAGUGACCGGCAUGAAUUACUGCAAAAGCUUUUCUUAACUUGUUCCUCCUUACUUAUAGUGGUAGAUCAUUACUCAUGGCUGUUGGCCUCUUUCCCAGUAAGUCACUCAGGCGAGGCUUCCCUCAAUGUAUCAGCUGCAUCAAACAUGCUUCUGGUUUGUGGGAACAUCUCUUCAUCUUGUUGCUACCUUGCUUCUUUUAAUCCUAGGUUUACUUGUCUGUACCACCUCCCCUCCCCCCAAGCCGCCCGAUACAUGGGCCUCUGUAGUGGGGAACUGUUUACACAUUGUCUUUGAAUGUAGAAGGAUUUUAUAGAGAACUUCUUUUUUUUUUUUUUUUUGCUGGGGUGCUGGGUCUCAGUCUUAUUGAGCACAAUUUGACUCUUUACACCGACAGGCAUGGACAAUGCAACCUGCCUCUAUAUAAUCGAAACUGUAUCAAUGGAGAUGUAGGCUUUACAGGAAAUCAAUGUAUUGAUGCGCUUCGCAAUAUAUUUAUAAUGUGUGUGAAAGAUAACUUUUUCUGAUAAUAGUAAUAGUAGUUUGGCAGUCAUUUGUGUAGCCAUGUAAGAACAUCCACUUUCUUGUACUACGGUAGUAAAAAGUAAGGCAAUGGUCCAGUAUAAAAAUCUUUCCCUGCCACGGCCACCACCACAUCUUGAAUUCUUCAGAAUCAGAUAACUGGAUUCAAACAAUCUGACAUUGCUUUCAAAUGGUCUAUUCAUUGAACUAAGAAAGAAAAACAUUGUUGUUUUUGUAAAUGCUGCUCGUUUUACUGGACUGCCAUUGUCUCUAGGUUGAAAUGGUGAGCAAGGGAAAGUGUUUGUAGUGUAAAAACUUGAAAAGAUUUUCUUUUUCCUAAUCUCAGUAUUUGUUGUGGUCCGAACGGAUCCUACUGGCCCUUAUCCUGGGCAGGGACAAUGUGAGUUUGUCGGGUUUCCUUGGGGAGUUGUUGGAGUUGGAUGUAAUUGUCUAGAUGAGUGGGUGAUUCUAUUAUAAUGAAUCGAUCUCUCCUCCUUUUCUUUGUAUGUUACAGUACUCUGUAGUAACAUAUAAAGCGCUUAUAUGACCUAUUUGUGUUGCAAGUGCCGCUAAACUCUUACUUAAACAAAAACUAAAGUGUCUAGUUGAACUGAUCAGGAAUACCCUAGGACUGAGAUCUCUGUGGCAUAUGCUUUCAGUAUUUCCCAGCCCUUGUGUAGUCAAUAUUCUGAUUUCUACAACCCCCCCCCUCUCAGUUGGAUGCCGUAUACAUCCUCUGUGGCUGUACUCCUCUGUGGUUCUGUAGGGCCUGGCCAGAGAAUUUGGCUAAACUCACUGUCUGUGCUGUAGUUUUAAUGAUUAGGUUUUUCCCCAUUGCAGGUAGACGAGGUGAAUUUGAUCACCUGUGGAGAAGUUAUAUUUUACUCUACCUCCAUCCAUCUUCUUGGGUGCUGCAUUUGUCUGAGCCUUAGCCCUGAAAAGCAGGGUCGACGCAGCCCACCUCCUGAUGUGUGAUAACCUAAAUUGUGUCUCUAAAUUGGCGUGUGAAACAUUUGCAAUUGGCAAACAGCAGUUGUUUGAGUCAUCCCAUCUUGCGGAAUGUUAUCAGCACCAGUAGUUCGGUGUUCUUCCUCUCCCCUUCUCAAGAACAGAUUUAUUUCAUGUUACUUUCCCCUUUGAUCAAACCUAAAACAGAUUGGAUAUUAAUUUAGAACAAAAGAAAAGGGGCCCAAUGUAACUCACCUUUUUCUUGUUCAUGUUCUGGCGCCUAAGUCAAGAUAUUUACUCAGUUUUAACAAAACAGAAUUAAUUAUACUUCUUGUACCAGUAUAUAUAUAUCAUGUGUUGUUUUUUUUUGCUAGUAUUAAUUAACACGGUCUUGUUGAAGGUUUUAUUCACAGUUACAGCUUGAAGCAAGCCAAAUGCAUGCAAAGACACAGGGUGCCAUUAUAACAGUGUCUGAAUCUGAAACUUUUUAAUGUAUUGUUAAGAUAUUGUCAUGGCUAUUUUGGGUUAUGAGAAGGAAAAAUAUUAGUUGAGACCAGUCCACCCAUUUCCUCCUACGUAUCUCAUUUGCCAGGAGCAGCCCGGUGCUAUAAAUAAGUGAAUAUUUUGUUGUCUCUAGUUGAAGAGUGAGCCUCUAGGAGGUGGAUUGGCCAAGGCGUCAACUUAAAAAAAAAAAAUGUUGGAUCUCAAAUGUUUUGUUUUGUCCAGAAGUGUGCUUUUUUGUGAUGUGUCAGCGAUGAGAAGGAAACAAGUAGGCACUCUUAGUCUUACUAUUGAAAAUAAUGAAAUAAUGACAGGACAAGGAGUCAUAGUCAUAGUGUUUAAUGUAGCCUACCUGUAGACCCAUGCACAAAUUAAUGACAAAAGCCAGUGCGAGAAUGGAUCUUGUAUGUCUUUGUUAUAGAGCAUUACUAAACUCUCUAUUAUAAUACAUUUUAACUUCUUGUGUUUUUUUCCUUGUUUUUUUUUGGACAUGAUAUAUAUAUAUUUCUUCUAUUUGUCCAUAACUGGGAAAAAAGAAAGAUAGAGUCUCCUGGUUUGUAAAUCUCCAUGGUUGACCUCUAUACAUGUUAAGUGUAAGAAGAUCUGACAAUUCUGAAACAAUACCUCGAAGAAACGACAGUCCCAAGCACAAGGGACAGCAGUGUGUACAUUCUGCGUUGGAUAUUAUUAAAGACCUGUUGCCUGUCAGAGAACAAUCAA